UUGAAACGGCAUCGAAAAUUAGAAUUUCAUAAUAAUGUUCUUCGAAUUUUUGGUAUUACGAAGUCAGAUCAAGAGAAUUUUAUGUUAGUUCUUGAAUAUGCUAAUAAUGGUCCAUUAAGACAUUAUUUAGAACAAAAUUUUAAAUCAUUAAAAUGGCAUGAUAAAUUGAAUUUGGCAAAGCAACUUGUUAGUGUUGUGACCUGUUUACAUGAUAAUAAUAUUAUUCACAUGAAUUUGCAUUCUGAAAAUAUUCUUAUUCAUAAUAAUAAUAUUAAACUUAGUGAUUUUGGGACUUCUAAAAGAUUAUCCAAAUCUCCAACUAUAAUUCUCAAUCUGCUUGAAAAUAUUCAAUAUGUUGAUCCUCAAUACAUUCAAAACAUUAAAACUUGUACUUUUAGUAAAAGUUCUGAUAUUUACAGUGUUGGGAUUCUUCUCUGGGAGAUUUCAAGAACAAUUGGCCAAAGUACUUCAGCUACUAAUAUUACCUCUUCUUUAUACAAAUCUGGCAAUAUAAUGAAUUCAAUUAAUAUUAUUCCAAAUCCUUUAUCAAAGGAGUUGGAAGCAAAUGACAAUUUUGCUCAAAUAUUUAUUAAAGAAUUAUUUCAAAUUUUUAUAAUACAAUUUAAUAAUCAUGAAUUUCAAAAAGAUAUCAUUCACAAUCUUUACAAAUUUAUUGCAAAAACUGGCAAGA